CCAACGGGCACUCUGCAAACAAGAGAGAAGUUCCAGUGGGUGUCAGGAAAGGCAAUAUCUCGUGGUCGAGGUGCCGCAUCUCGAUGAGAUCCUCUCGGGGAGAGUAAAAUUAUGUUUAUGACUGCAUCGAUUGUUCUGAGCUCAACGCAUUGCGCUUCACGUGUACCCAAUAGUUAACAAUGACACUGUUUCUGUCGCGUUCAUCUGGUGAGCAUCGACGGCAUGUAGAAAGGACGUGCUGGACUCCAAGAGCUCUAGCUUGCAUUCCCCCGCAGGAAAGUUGCUAGAUGAGCUUUUCGGAGAGAAUGGGGGCACCUUCGGACGAAGAUCGUCCUCUGUAUGGAUUCUAUAAGAUGUGACCAGAAUGGAAAAUGCCGGAACAUUCAACCGUCUCCGUUUUCUGCCCCUCUCUUCAUAUGUCCACCAUAACUCAGACCUGUCACUACCUAGCUAUAGAGAGGAGACAUCUCCUUCCACUCAUUGCUCAUCCUUCAAACUGUCCUGUCGUUCAUUUUCUCAGACAGGUCGUACUGAGUUUGCCAUCUGAGCCAGACCGGCUUGAAAUUGGUGGAUUCUGUGAUCCUAGAAUAGUGAGCUCUCGCUCAAUUGUAAACUCAAUUGUAAUUUGACUUCUCCAUUUGACGUAAUCCAGCUGUCUGCAAUAAGAGAACCGAGAUGGCAUGCUGUCAUAAACUUUUGGCUGUGACAGUUCUGUUUGCAGCGUUGUUCCAGGCGACAGAAGUCGAAGGGGGAGUGCGAUUUUCUACUCUCGAACGGAACCUUGUUGUGAAUGCCCAGAUUCAAAGCCAAAACGUAUCGUCAGGAGUUGCCAAAGUUGGUGUAGACAGUCUGGCCGUUCAGUGGAACUUGAACUCUUCCCUUGAAAUCGAAGUAGAUUCCGAGUAUGCCAGUGUCAAGGUGAAGCUGUGCUUUGCUCCCAAGAGUCAGAUCGAUCGCGGCUGGAGGAAGACCGAUGACGAUCUCCAGAGGGACAAUACUUGUCCGAAGGAGAUUGCGACCAAGUUGUACAGGAGCGAAGGGAACUUUGUGGUUUGGAGAAUUCCCAAGAACGUUCCUGGAGGCGAAUAUUUCGUUCGUGCGUACGUGUUGGAUACUCAAGCAGUUGAGCUGGCUUACGGUCAGAACACUGAUGAUGCCAAGACCACGAACCUGAUCACCAUCAUCCCAAUCACAGGAAGACUUCCUUCCAUAGAUAUUGCUGGAAUUGUCCUCUCCUUGUUUUCGGUGGUUUCGCUAUGCAGCUUCCUGCUAGCUGAAACCUUGUUGGGUAGGAAGCCUGCAAUGUCAUAGAACUUUGAACUAGCUGCUCAUGUGCUACCUUCCUCUUUUUUCACAUGUAUAGUACACGCUGUGUAUACUGGUAGACGAGAAAAUUCGUUUUCAGAAUGACUUACUAAACCACAUUGGAGUCAUUGGUCCAAGAGCUCUGGCUUUUGCUUUCACAAACUGAGCAAUUACAUAUUACAAGUGGGACUGAGGGGAAACUGAUCAUUUACUGCUGACAAGUAAGCGGAUCGAUUCUUCAUCCGACAAUUGAAUCUAAAGUCAUAGAACUAGCCAUCAGAUUGCGUGCAAUAGCGCAGCAUGCUGUGCGAAGUACAUGUACAGGACGACAAUCCUUUCCAUUAUCAACCAUUCUUCGUGUCUCUGUAGAUACUAUGAUGUCUAUAAUAUCAACAAAGGGAGUUUCUUGAGAAGAAUGACGAAUUCUCUUGAGGUGACCAAACAAAAUUUCCAUUAAGGAGCUCAAGAGUCACACUGUCUGCUUGCUCGUGGCCUGAAGCAAAAAACGAGCUUUUCCUGCUACAGACCAAGAACUGAAGCUAGUGGACGGCAGGUGCCUCUAACAGCGGCACUCGAAUCGUUGUCGUGCGCUGCAUGUUCAGUUGCAUACUUCGACGUCGAGUUUCGUAGGUCAGAUUAUCACUCAAUAAGACCAAG